AUGUCGACCCGCAAGCCCUUGUUCAGCCAGCAGCUUCUGCUCGACACCACCCCGCUGCCCGAAUCGAUCCCUAAGGUCAAGGAGAUUGGAGCGAGCUCAGGCCCCCUCCUCUCGGCAUCCUUCUUCAUUGGCGCCCGCUGCCGGCCAUACAAUGACGACUACAUGCAGUGCAAGGCUGAGAACCCCGGCAAUGGCGAGGUCGAGUGUCUGAAGGAAGGCCGGAGGGUGACCCGGUGUGCACGGAGCGUCAUCGAUGACAUCAACAAGAGCUGCCUGGAGUCUUUCCACUCGCAUUGGCAGUGCCUCGACAACAACAACCAGCAGCUGUGGCAGUGCCGGCCAGAAGAGUGGAAGCUGAACAAAUGCGUCUUUGAGAACCUGAAUCUGGAGAAGGUCAUCCCGGACGCGUCCAAGGGCACGCCCAUACAUCUCCGCAGCAAGCAGAUCUACGCGCACUACAACAGAGGCCUUGUCGAGAAGCCCUUUGUGCCGGCAAAGGCACCGGCGACAGAGGCCGCUGCACCGGCGUCGUAA